GGCUCGAGGGGGACAUUCUCUUGCCGGCAUCGAGGAUGGCGCAGCGCACGGUCUCUCUGGGCGGCAUGGCAGGCUUGGCGCUCCUGGGCGCCCUUCUCUCCCUCUCGCCAGCCUAUUCACUGGCGCUGGACGUCCAGAGGAAAAGCCAGACUCCGGCCAAGUGCAACCUGGCGGGGACGUGGGUGAACGAUCUGGGCUCCAAGAUGGUCAUCGGGACCACCAACGAGGACGGCCAGUUCUCGGGCUCCUACCUGACCGCAGUCUCGGCUGUCACCGACGCCACCAUCCAGGAGUCGCCUCUGCACGGCAGGCAGCACCACACCAACCGGCGCGCCCAGCCCACCUUCGGCUUGACCGUCAGCUGGUCCUUCUCCGACUCCACCACCGUCUUCGUGGGGCAGUGCUUCGUGGACGAGAAGGGCGAGGAGACCCUGGAGACGACGUGGCUGCUGCGGGAGGAGGUGGCGACGCACGCCGACGACUGGAAGGCCAACCGGGUUGGCAAGAACGUCUUUGUACGUGUCAAAUAAAAAGGAACCAGGAUCUGGGCCUGCUUCUGCUACUCAUGCGUAGGACCAGCUAGAAGAUGGCUCCCCCUCCCUCUGCACUCCACCAGCACUGCCCCUCUGGCCUCUUCUAUGGGGAAAGGCAAAAAUCCCCCCUCAGGGUUGUGUGUGUGCAUGUACGUUGUGUGCCCCCCUUCUGGUCACCCCCCCACCAG